UGACACACAUCAGCAGCAGAAGGUUGGUCGACACAUUCUUCAGUGUCUCCGAGUGUCUUCAGGGUGUUUUUCUGAGCGACAGUCGGACUGUGUUCAGGUCUCCGGUCGGCAGCAGCAUCAUGGCGUCUGGAGGCCCCAUGAUGAACGGCGACAUCUCUCGCUCUCCCAGUCAGUCGGGCACGCUGGAGGAAACGCUGCAGCAGAUGAACAUCCUCAUUCAGGAGAACAGAGACCUGAAAGAGGCUCUGCGUCAGACCAACCUGACGAUGAAGGAGCGCUUCGAAGGGCUGUCCGCGUGGCGGGAGAAGCAGCGGCAGGAGCGGGACUUCCUGGAGAGUCGGCUGGAGGAGGCUCGGGGUCGCAUGGAGACGCUGAACCUCCAAAACCAGGAGCUGAGCAGGAGGCUGGAGGAGGGCGGGAGGGCAGGAGGAGCCCCGGGAGGACGGCAGACUGCCGAGCUGGACGCCCUGCGUGCCCAGGUUGCUCGCCUGCAGGCAGAGAAGAACGACCUGGUGGCGCUGAACUCUGAGCUGCAGCUGAAGGCCGAGCAGGACUCCAGAGACGACUCAUUUAUUGAGAUCAUCAAGGUGUCGGAUGGGUGCGUAGAGGGGCUGAAUGAAGCUUGUGGUGCUGAGCGCAGCAGACGUCCAGACCUGAGCAUGACGUCGUCCCGGCUGGACUGCGAGGAGGUGACGGUCAGCCAGCUGCUGCAGUCCCUGAGGAACGAGACGCAGAAAGGCGAGAGGCUGCAGACCGAGCUGCAGGCUUGUGCUGCCAGAAUCAGAGAGCUGGAAGAGAGGAAGCCUAGUGCCGAGGAAUCAACACAGACAGCUGAGCAGCAGACUACAGAGACCAAGGAGGAUCCUGCAAAGGAGGAGAAGGCAGCUUCCGAGGUGGAGAAUCUGAAGUCUCAGAUGAUGCUGCUCUUCAAAGAGCUGCAGCAGGCCCAGAGCAAGCUGGACGAAGCAGAAGGCAUGAAGAAGAACCUGCAGGACAGAUGUCGGGAGGUGGAGCAGGACGUGGCGACUCUGAAGGCUCAGCUGGUGGAGAAACAGGCCGUUCAGUCGGAGAACGACCGGCUGAAGCUGCAACUGGGCAGCGUGCAGGCUCAGAGCCUGAUAGAGCAGAGGAAGGCCGGCGAGGAGAGGAACAACCUGGCCCAGCUGAAGGAUGCCUACACCAAGCUGUUUGAAGACUACACUGAGCUCAAGGAUGAGAAGAAGAAGAGAGAGUCUCGGUUGGUGGAGAAGGACGUACUGGAUGAGCUGCAGCAACGGCUGACCGCUGCUGAAGAAGCCCUGGUUGUUAAACAGAGCAAGAUUGACGAAAUGAAGCAAGAGAUGUUCCAGAAGGAGAAGGAGCUGGAGACCAUAUCUGUGUUCCAGGCUCAGGCGGAGGUCUACUCCUCAGACUUCUACGCAGAGCGAGCAGCAAGAGAGAAGCUCCACGAAGAGAAGGAGCGUCUGGCUGCUCAGCUGGAGUAUGUAAAGAAGCAGAACACCCAGAUGCAGGAGGAGAUGGACUCACUGGGCCGACGCUCACUGAAUGAGAUGCAAAGGAGACACGUGCCCCCGGCAGGAAGUCCACAUGGAGCAGGCGCCAGUCUGGUUGGAAGAGGUACCGACUGGCAGCAUCAGGGGAAUAUUCCUGAACACGCCUGUCCCAAAUGCAACGAGAUCCUGCCCGACCUGGACUCGCUGCAGAUCCACAUCAUGGAUUGCAUCAACUAGACCUCCAUCUUUACAUCAAUCACAAUAACAGCGACUGCAUUAGCACCUUAAUCUGAGUCUUCCUCUGCUUUGACCUGUACCUCUUCUAUCUGAUCCCUGUGACGUCACUCCACAGAUCCCAUGUAAGAUCCAUAGCAUUCAUUCUAGGACGGGAACACUUGGCUUUUCAAGGCGUUUCAGUAGAAGGAAUUCAAAUGUAUGGAGUCUGGAAAUGCAUGUGAAGAGAGUUUGUCAGCUCUAGUUUGUUGUACAUUUAAAAACUGCUCUCAAGCAUUUGGAACAGAUUAGAAAAUCUAUCACAGGACACAUCCUCCAGUCUGGUUUGGGUCUAUGCCAUCUGGCACAGUCUCUUUGAUGCUGUAGCGACUGGAAACAAGCUAAGAAUGAAAUUCUUCAGGGCAAAACAAGUCUGGAACAGCAAAACAGCAACUACACGAACCCUUCGGUGAGAUUUCAGUUCGGCGCUGUCUGCCUGUCACGUGCACAUUAAUUAUUCAACCAAAGUUAAGCCUUUACCAGUUGCAUUUGUUUACUAAGUAUUUGGUUGCUGAAGGCUUUUUAUAUUUUUGAAGGUUUCCUUUUCAAAUUAAAAUGAAAAUUCCUUCUAUAUUUUUUCUCAGUAAGGAUAUUUUAGCUCAUGAUUUGGGUUUUGGUGUUGGUGGGGGGGGAAGGAGCAUGCACCAUGUAGGCACUUUAAUAUGAAGAUCUAUAUUUUAUUUGGACUCUGAAGAUGACACCUGCUAUUUAGAACAUAUAUUUAACUAGUUAAUCGAACUGUUAUUGUAGUGCAGGAGGCUCCCAGUGGAGGCUUUCUGAUUCCAUGUUGUCAAUCUGUGAAAGAAAAUAAAAUUCUUUGCAAAUUUC